UUACCACAGACUAUGGCGGCUGGACUCCAAUGACCGGUCACUGAGGGGUUAAUGGCGCAGACAUGGCGCCCGCAGCGCCUGUGCCUCCAGUUGCUAUAUUCCCCCUAUCAAUUCUAAAGUGCUCGCACAUAGGCCGCACCGAGCGUCCCUCACCACCACCACCCCAGCAUCGCACAAUCCCCGCCUCCAUCUUAUUGUCUCCGGAGGAGGAGGAAGAAGGGAGGCGGGCGCUGACAAGAUGGCGGCUCCCAGGGAGGCGUGAAAAGAGGCUCCGGUGCCCUGUAACGUGUUUGCACACCGAUAAUCACGGUUGCCGACGUUUUUUAAGCUCCUUUCGUUCGGGCAGUUCAUUGCUCCCGUCAGUUUGGCUCCGUUUCUCCUCACAUCCCCUGAGUUGCACUAGAUAAGCGGUGGCGGCGGGGGUGGAGCCUUCACUUUCAGCCUCCAUUUACACACCGCCGUAUUGUCGGGGCUGAUUUCCUUCCCCCAGUCUCCGUGUCCUGACGUUACUUCCAUUUUUAAACCGGAGGAAGAAAGAAGACAGCGGCGGCUGCGGGUUUUUCCCAGUGUGUGUGUGUGUGUGUGUUGUCGCCCCGCUCGCGGCCAUCUUUGGUUUUCCCCUACCAGCUCUUUAUUGGUUUGUUUGGACGGCACAAGAUGGCGGCUCCCAUGGACUCCCUCAGCUUCGCCGCUCCCGGGCGACUUUAAAGAAAACAGCGAGGCCAGGGAAGGGGGGCGACCGGCGGAGGACGUGCUGCCAGUCCACGGCCUACGGGACGAGAGCAGAAUUCGGACAAGCUGGUGGAAGAGGCGACGAGAGGCGCGGGAAUCAGUUUGUUUUCUCUCCGGCCGCCGUCAUAAAAUGGCGGCUCCCAUGGACUCCACAGCGCCAUAGUGAGAACCGGCUCGGAGAAGGCCUCAACCCCGGCUUUUCUUAUUUUACCUGUCAAGAUUUUUAUACCCGGCCGCCAGGGCCUGACAGGAGUGGCGAGCCGUCGUUACCCGCCUCCUUCCGUCAUAUUUUAUCUCCCGUUUUUUUGCUUUCUAUACUCGUUUAACCGGCGACCGUGACAGGAAAGCAGCCCCCGCUGUGUCAGUGUGAGCCGCCACCGCCAUGGCUUCCACACCGGCGGUGACCGGUUCAUCCUCCGCCCUGCAGCCCCGUUGGAAACGAGUGGUCGGUUGGUCGGGCCCAGUCCCUAGGCCCCGGCACGGACACAGGGCCGUGGCCAUCAAGGAGUUAAUCGUAGUUUUCGGCGGAGGAAACGAAGGGAUCGUGGACGAGUUGCACGUCUAUAAUACGGCAACCAACCAGUGGUUCAUUCCUGCAGUGAGAGGCGAUAUUCCUCCGGGUUGUGCCGCCUAUGGUUUUGUCUGUGAUGGCACUCGUCUUCUUGUCUUCGGAGGAAUGGUGGAGUAUGGAAAAUACAGCAAUGACUUGUAUGAGUUGCAGGCAAGCAGAUGGGAAUGGAAGAGAUUAAAAGCAAAAACACCCAAAAAUGGCCCCCCUCCAUGUCCUCGCCUUGGACACAGCUUUUCAUUGGUGGGAAGUAAAUGUUAUCUGUUUGGAGGAUUGGCAAAUGAUAGUGAAGACCCAAAGAACAACAUUCCCAGGUACCUGAAUGAUCUCUAUAUAUUGGAGCUCCGUCCUGGCUCUGGGGUUGUAGCUUGGGACAUUCCCAUCACAUAUGGCAUUCUCCCACCUCCUCGAGAAUCACAUACUGCAGUUGUAUAUACAGAAAAAGACAGCAAAAAAUCCCGCCUGGUGAUCUAUGGUGGUAUGAGUGGAUGCCGGCUUGGCGAUCUCUGGAUAUUGGACAUAGACACGCUGACAUGGAAUAAACCCAAUCUAAAUGGCGUUGCUCCUCUUCCUCGAAGUCUUCAUUCUGCCACAACUAUAAGCAACAAGAUGUAUGUUUUUGGGGGCUGGGUGCCUUUAGUAAUGGAUGAUGUCAAAGUGGCCACUCAUGAGAAGGAAUGGAAAUGUACGAACACCCUCGCCUGUCUCAACCUUGACUCCAUGGCAUGGGAACACAUUGUCAUGGACACCUUGGAGGACAACAUUCCACGGGCUCGCGCCGGCCAUUGUGCCGUGGCAAUUAAUACGCGUUUGUAUAUAUGGAGUGGUCGGGAUGGAUACCGAAAGGCCUGGAAUAACCAAGUGUGUUGUAAAGACCUCUGGUACCUUGAAACAGAAAAACCCCCAGCACCUGCUCGUGUUCAGUUAGUUAGAGCAAAUACUAACUCUCUAGAGGUAAGCUGGGGCGCUGUAUCAACAGCAGACAGUUAUUUGCUGCAACUUCAGAAGUACGACAUACCAGCUGCUGCAGCAGCAAUGACGCCGGCCAAUCCAGUUCCGUCUGUGCCAGUGAAUCCGCCCAAGAGUCCAGCUCCUGCUGCCGCUGCGCCAACAGUACAACCUGUAGCACACACUGGCAUUACCCUGGUACCUCAGCCUGCCUCUAUGCCUCCUACAACAGCCACCAUACAGGUCUUGCCCGCAAUUCCUGGGAACCCAGUUGCCGUUUCUGCUGCUGCCCGUCCUCAAGCUGUUCUGAAGGUUGGCGGACCUCAGUCCACAGUGGGCACACCGCUCGUUACUGUUCGGCCAGCUACUCAAGUUGGGAAAGCGCCUGUAACAGUCACAUCUCUUCCUCCUGGUGUGCGAAUGGUGGUACCUGCCCAGAGUGCACAAGGGACUACUAUUGGUGGCAGUCAGCCCAUGAGUGGCAUGGCAGCUCUUGCUGCAGCAGCUGCUGCUACACAGAAGAUCCCUCCCUCCUCUGCGCCAACAAUGUUGAGUAUGCCUGCUGGAACUGCCAUGGUAAAAUCUGUCGCCAUGUCAUCUGCUACCACAACACUCCCAACAUCUAUGAAAAUGGCAUCAUCUCCAAUUAUGGUCAGUAAUCCAGCCACACGAAUGCUGAAAACUGCCGCAGCUCAAGUGGGCACUUCAGUUUCUUCUGCAGCCAAUACACAGACUCGUCCAAUCAUUACAGUGCAUAAGUCGGGCACUGUCACAGUUGCACAGCAAGCCCAAGUUGUAACUACAGUAGUCGGCGGUGUCACAAAGACUAUCACUCUUGUUAAAAGUCCAAUUUCUGUGCCUGGUGGCAGCACCCUGAUUUCAAAUCUUGGUAAAAUGAUGUCUGUAGUUCAGACCAAACCAGUCCAAACCUCUGCUAUAACAGGACAGGCGUCUUCUGGGCCCUUAACCCAGAUUAUUCAGACAAAGGGACCUCUCCCUGCAGGAACCAUUCUGAAGUUGGUGACCUCAGCAGAUGGCAAACCAACAACAAUUAUCACGACCACACAGGCUGGAGGAACAGGCACCAAACCCACCAUCCUAGGCAUCAGCAGCGUAUCGCCCAACACAACAAAGCCUGGUACCACAACGAUCAUUAAGACUAUCCCUAUGUCUGCUAUUAUCACACAAGCAGGAGCAACAGGUGUUACAAACACUGCUGGGAUGAAGUCACCAAUCACCAUCCUGACAACUAAGAUGGUAACAUCAGGCACUGGAACUCCUGCUAAAAUAAUUACCGCUGUCCCCAAGCUUACAAGUCAUGGUCAGCAGGGAUUAACCCAGGUUGUUUUAAAGGGGGCACAUGGCCAGCCUGGCACUUUCCUCCGAACCGUUCCAAUGGGUGGCGUCAGACUAGUCACACCUGUAACUGUAUCGUCUGUCAAACCUACCGUAACAACCCUAGUUGUUAAGGGUACCACAGGGAUGACCAGUUUAGGCACUGUCACAGGGACAGUUUCUUCAAGCCUGGCAGGAGCUGGGGUGCAUAACACUGCUUCCCUUGCAACUCCAAUAAAUACUUUGGGAACCAUUGCAACCCUUUCUAGUCAAGUGAUUAAUCCUGGAGCCAUUACAAUGUCUGCAGCACAAACUUCUCUGACUGCGGCCUCUGGUCUGAGCACACCAACAAUCACUAUGCAGCCAAUAUCGCAGCCAACCCAAGUAACGUUAAUCACCACUCCUAGUGGGGUUGAAGCACAACCCGUGCAUGACCUUCCUGUCUCCAUCUUGGCUUCACCAACCAGUGAUCAACCCACUGCAACUGUAACUAUAGCAGAUUCAGGUCAAGGAGACCAGCCGCCUGGCACUGUUACACUUGUGUGUUCCAAUCCUCCCUGUGAGACACAUGAAACAGGAACUACAAAUACUGCAACCACCACCCUUGUCAACCUCAACAGCAUUGUACAACAACCAGGUGGCACCUUGCAGUUUGUUUGUGAAGGCCAGGAACCAGGAACAUUUGUAGCUACAGCUCUAGGUCAGGCAAAUGGCAACAUUGUCAGGGUCUGUUCCAAUCCUCCUUGUGAAACUCACGAAACCGGAACCACACAAACGUCAUCCACAGCAAUGUCAAAUAUCACCAGUGGACAACCAGGGACUGUAGUAAGAAUAUGUUCUAAUCCCCCUUGUGAGACCCACGAUACUGGAACCACCCAGACAUCAACUACAGCAACAGCAAACAUUGGCAGCGGACAGCCAGAAACGGCAGGUAAUGUGUGUUCUAAUCCACCACGUGAAAUUCAUGAUACCGGCACAACUCCAACUCCCACAACUGCAAGGUCAAAUAUUGGCACUGAACAGAACGAGCUCUUGCAGAGACAGGCGCAUAAUCAGCCAUGUGAGACUUUCCAGACUGUAUCUACCCAUACUGUCAUGACUUCGCAUGCCAAUGUUCAGUCAGAAAAGGUACCGCAAGUUUGCUCCAACCCACCUUGUGAAACCCAUGAGACUAAUACUAUCAACACUGCUACUACGGCUUCGUCUAACUUGGCAUCGGAGCAGCCAAGUGAUGUUGCUAGGGUGUGUAUAAAUCGACCAUCUGAAAAUCAUGAAACUGGCACUACUCACACGCCAACCACAGCAAGAUCAAAUAUAGGCACAGGACUUUCAGAGAACCAAAAUAGAACCCUAAACAACCCACCAUGUGAGACUCAUCAAACCAUUUCCACAAAAACGACCAUGUCGGUGCAGGCAGAUUACAGUUCUGGGUCAUCUAACCUUAUAGAGGUGGAAAAUAGUGGUGCGGCAUCUACCAAAGAUGGUGAAAAGUCAAGUCCUGCUAAAACGCAGUCACUCUCCUCGAAACAUCCUUGUGAGACUCUGAUGACUGGCACUACUCAAACUGCAACCACGGCCAAAUCCUGCAUAAACUCUGGAACACCUGAAAGUAACCAGCAGCAUUCAGACGGUGAUCCUUGUGAGACCCAUCAAGCAAAUUCCACAAGUACAACUAUGAGUUUGUCUGCCGACAAAGCAAGUGAUGAUGAUCAGAGUGCAAAACCAGUAUGUUCUAACCCACCUUGUGAGACUCAUGAAACUGGUACUACAAACACCCAAACUACAGCAAGGUCUGGUAAUGGCACAGAACAAACCACUGGUGAGACUCAUCAGACAACUUCUACAGGGACUGUUAUGAUGGCGUCUGAAUCGCAGCCCAACACUUUAGAACAACGGGUAUGCUCCAACCCGCCGUGUGAGACCCACGAAACAAAUACCACCAACACUGCAACUACAUCUUCGUCCAGCAUGGGAAGCAAUCCACCCCCUGCAGCUCCUACGCAACAGGUCUGCUCAAACCCACCUUGUGAAACGCAUGAGACGGGAACAACCCAUACUUCCACAACAGUCACCUCCAACAUGGGGACGAAUCAAGACCAGACACCAGCUGCAAAUGGGCAAGGAGAGGAGGAGACUGUACCCACUGAGGAAUCUGCUUCAAGUAGCACCCCCAGUGACUCCGCUGCAACGUCCUCUGUGACUAUUGUAGCAGUGGAAGCCUCUUCUUCUCCAGUACAUUCAGCAGUUCCAGUUGUCUCCAGGGCAGUGACAACUGUAACACAGUCAACAGCAAUACCUGGUCCUUCUGUACCAAAUAUUGCAUCUUUGACUGACCCACCUACGGAAGACGGCGUGCAGGGUCCAGAAGCGGUCCCUUGCACUGAGCAGAGUGAAGCUCCCCUCUCUGCUGACAUCCUCCAGCCUCCUGAAGAUGUUCAGGCAGAGCCAGAGGCACAGCCUAUGGACACUGCGGUGCCGGAGCAUACCGAAGCAGAGCUACAAGCUGCAAUGGAAGCAGAACAUGCUCAGGAGGCUGCUGCAGCAGCCGAGCAGCAGGCUGUAGAACAGUUGUCCCUCCCUCAGGAACUUAUGGCAGAGGGGCAGACAACGACGCUCAUGGUCACAGGGUUAACACCAGAAGAACUGGCAGUUACAGCUGCAGCUGAAGCUGCUGCCCAAGCUGCUGCCACAGAAGAGGCUCAAGCCCUGGCUAUUCAGGCCGUGCUGCAGGCUGCACAGCAAGCAGUGAUGGGUUUCCAAGCAGCAGCUGGAGAGCCAAUGGACACCUCUGACGUGGCUCAUGCGGAGCUGCGUCAUCUGACGUCUGAAGGACCCACCACCACGAUACCCAUAGUUCUAACGCAGCAAGAACUUGCAGCAUUGGUUCAUCAGCAGCAACAGCUACAAGAAGCCCAACAUCAGCAACAGUUACAGCAUCAGCUUCAACAGCAACAGUUGCAGCAUCAGCAACAGUUGCAGCAACAAUUGCAGCAUCAGCAACAGUUGCAUCAACAGCAGCAGCUACAGCAACAACAGUUACAGCAGCAGCAGCUACAACAGCAGCAAUUACAGCAGCAGCAGCUACAGCAACAGCAGUUACAGCAGCAGCUACAGCAACAGCAGUUACAGCAGCAGCAGCUACAGCAACAGCAGUUACAGCAACUUCAGAUACAGCAAUUGCACCAUGUUCCUACGGAGGCCUUGGCACCAGCAGACAGCCUCAAUGACCCUGCCAGUGAAAGCAAUGGACUUAAUGAGCUUACUAGUGCAGUGACCAGUGCUGUGUCACUUCUGCCAUCUACUGCUACAGACAGUUUGGCUCCUACGAACACAUUCACUGCACCUCAACCUGUGGUGAUCGCUAGUCCUGCUAAAAUGCAGGCGGCAGCAGCACUUACCGAAGUGGCAAACGGCAUUGAGUCAAAGCAAGAUUCUCCACCACAGCAGCCGAAAGCUCCGUUAAAAAAAGAGAACCAGUGGUUUGACGUAGGCGUUAUCAAAGCUACUAAUAUGAUGGUCACACAUUACUACUUACCUGCUGAUGAUUCUACUAAUGAUGAUGACUCCGGUGCUCUCCCAGAUUACACUCAGUUAAAGAAGCAGGAACUUCAGCCAGGCACUGCCUACAAGUUCCGUGUUGCUGGCAUAAAUGCCUGUGGUCGCGGACCAUUCAGUGAAAUCUCGGCCUUUAAGACCUGCCUGCCUGGUUUCCCAGGUGCUCCUUGUGCCAUAAAGAUCAGCAAGAGCCCAGAUGGUGCUCACCUGACGUGGGAACCUCCUUCUGUCACUUCUGGGAAGAUCAUAGAGUACUCAGUAUAUCUUGCAAUUCAGAGCAGUCAGAGCAGUGGAGAACAGAAAACAACACCAGCUCAGUUGGCAUUCAUGCGGGUAUACUGUGGCCCUAAUCCCUCCUGCCUGGUGCAGUCCUCGAGCCUUUCAAAUGCUCAUAUAGACUAUACCACAAAACCUGCCAUCAUCUUCCGUAUUGCAGCACGUAAUGAGAAGGGGUAUGGACCUGCCACCCAAGUUAGGUGGUUGCAAGAAUCCAGCAAGGAUGGUGCAGCCGGAAAACCCGGAAAUAAGCGUCCAGUGUCUUCUCCAGACAUGAAAUCGACUCCAAAGAAAGCAAAGCCUGAUCACCCAUGAUCCUUGAAGCACCGAACCCAACCUAAAAUUGAUGCUUAAACAUCUUGACUCCAUGCAGUUCCUCAGUGUACAUCCUUUUAACUGUUUCGCCUUCCUCCUUGUUGCUAAGAAUCAGUAGAAAGGAUUGAUACUCUGCUUCCUCCACCUCCUCAUUUCCGUGUUAAUGAGAACAUUGGGAAAAGCACAUUUUUACUUUUUUUUUUCUUUUCUCUCCAUUUAGUUUCCCCUUGCAAAGAUUGUUUGUUUGUUUUUUUUGUAUUUGUAUGGAGAGGAAUUGCAGGAGCCACGGGACUUAGAACUGUGCAAACCUUCAGAUUUUGCCAGCUUUGCACAAGCAGACAGGCCUAGUAAUGCAGCUUCUUACUAAAACGCUCAAGAAGAAUUAUUAUUCAGGUCUUUUUGCUUGUUUGGCUUUUGAUUUUUCUUUUGUGAAAUGUCAGAGGGGAUUUGGGGGAAAAUACACAACUUUUGUCAACAGAAGAAGCACUUGGACUUUUCACCUCAAUGUAGCUGAUUAAGUUUUUUUUAAAAAGACAUGUGUAAAGGGGUGCCCUGUAAAAACUGCCUGAUAGGCCCAUCUGAAUGCUAUUUUUUAAGUAUCUCGCCUGGAUGGCAAUGCUGCGUGAAGCAAAGAAGUUGGCAUUCCGGACAUCUGGACGUGAUUCCUGGAACUUAAUUGCCAGAGUAUAUCUCCCCCCCCCCCCCCCCCCCCUUUGCUUGGUUGAAUUGUGCAGCCAUGUACACACUGUUACAAAAGCAAACCCGACUUGCCAGCUAGUAACACAAUGGAGUUUCACUUUAGAGCGCAUUGUCUGCCUGGUUUCAUCUGAGCUCUGCUGGGGUGAAUUCAUUCAUGAGCUCUUGGAAAUGGCGAACUGGUUGUAAAGGAAGUUACGAAGAAAGUUGAAACGCACCGUCAGAAUUUCAGAAAUUUUUAUAGAUAUAUAUAUAUAUAUUGCAAUUUUGUUUUGAAAUGAAGGUUUUUUGUUUGUUUUUUUUCCCCGAAUUGUAUUACCUUUUUCCCCUCAUUUUGUGCAGUCUUAUUUUCUUAUUCUUUGUCCCGCUGUUUUGAGAUAAAUUUCAAGUGGGAUUGACUACCUACGAACAUUUCCUGUUGCAAAAACACCACAGCCAGCGUCCUCAUGCUAAACAAGAGUAGUUUUUAUUUGGUUUGAUAUGACUACCUUACUAAUUGCUCGGAUUUGCAUUCGCCCCCUUGUGGCCGGGAGGCCUAGGCAUAUUGCAUGACAGACCUGGCACUGAAAUUGUAAUUGCUUUUGUAACCCCCCCAGUCUACUUUCUGAUUACGCUUUCCUUUUAGUUCCUGCAUAAAGUAAUAUUUGUGAUUCAGUUAUGUAUGGUCUGGCCCUUCUUACUCUUGCAAAGCAAUAUAUAUAUAUGUACUUCAGUGGCUUUCGGACCUUUCUUUGGUCCUAAAUGGCUGCGGGCCUGCAGUCGAGUUUCAAAGGUUUGCCUCAUCCUGGUUGUGAAUGACCUUGCGCCAGUCACGCCGGCCACUGAAUCCUGUGCAAUUGAGCACCACAUUGCUUUUCAUUUCCCUGCCAGCAGUAACCAGCACCCAGAUCGCUGGUGCCGCCGAAAGGCCAAGCAAAUCCCCCCCGUUGGCAGUUUCUUUUCAUAUACAUAAUUAUAAAUAUAUAUAAAUAUAUACAAACAGUUGUAGCUGUUUCAAAACAGAUUUCAAACUGUUUUUGUUUGUUUUUUUGUAAAAAAAAAAUUUAUAAGAAAAAAGGAAAAAGCAAAAAAAUAACUAAAAUAAAAAAUCUGAAGUAGCUUAAAAGCAUGAGGAAUUUUGUACAAAAGCAAAACCAGUAAAAACUUGUCUAAAUGGCUUAGGAUUUACAUUAUCUUCGUAAUUUUAAUGCAACCCAUCCUCGUGUUGAGUUGUCGGUGUGUAUAUAUAUAUACAUAUACUUUUUCUUUGCUCUGUAUUUUUAAUCUCUAGCUGGUCCCAAAUGCAUAAUUCUUCUGGUUCUUCACUCAUGGCACAAGAUUGGCUUCUUGAACAGAGGUGCACAAGGGGGAGACGGCCCCACCCCCUUGAUUUGUAACAGAAUCAUAAAUGAUAUUUUUCUUUUGCCUAUUGUGACUUUUAUUACUUGUUGAAUAGCUGGAGGCUAAUAAAAAAAAAAAAAAAAAAUUCCUAUCUUGAGAAAGUGGGUUGCCUGAACGUAAUAGGGGAGCUGCAUGAGUGGGGGCUUUAAUGGAGGUAAGUGUGCAGUUAUGAAAGGUUUCUGACAAUUCUAUGAAUUGUCAGCUUAAAUGUUCCCAGACUUUUUUUUUUUUUUUUUUCCCCCCCCCCUCUUCAGUAAAUGUGUCCUGCAUCUUUCAGUGUAGGCAACGAGGCAGCAACAAAAUCUGAUGAGAUCUAUUUUUAUGAUGGGAGAAAAGAUAUUCAGUAUGUGGUAUUGUUUUUCUUACUAAUGUCCCCCUCCCCCCGCCCCUUUUAAACAUUACUAUCUUAACUUAGUUUUUCAGCCUCCUUAAGCAAUUUAAGCUUCGUUUAAAGUAAAAUUAAAAAGUAAAAAAAAAAAAAACUUUCUGCCAGCUUGACGGAAGCGAUGGCGGCAAGAGUGGAGACUAAAUUCACAGCUCAAGUAAAAUGACCACCGCUGUCCCUUCUCGUUUUUGUAUUAUAGUGUUAGUGUGUUGCCGCCUAGAAUCUCUUGCUUUAAAAAAAAACCCUCACCUGCCUUUUUUUCUUUGAGAAGAAAAACUAUUACUUCCAUUGUAGAGGAGUUCUCAAAGUUGAUCCAAUAUUACUAUAGUGCUAUCUGUCGUUUUUGUGCUAUUUUGAACAAUUAAAUACCUUUUUUGAAGA